UCUGUCUGUCGUGCGGAUCUAGUACAACCAACGAGACUUUCUAGUCACUGGACACAAACACGGGCAUACCCAGCAAACACUGCGGCCCUAGUAGUGAAUAACAUUCUAGAGUUUUCUUGCUCCAUCGUCCCUGCAAGGAAACGAAAGAGCCCGUGCCAGCAACAUGUCAGGUGGAGUCUCGCAGCAGAAGCUCGCCGCUAAACUCGGAGGUGUUAGGCGGGUGUCGACAGAAUGCUUUGAGGAUAAGCAGACCAGGGCCAAGGCGAGGAUGGAGCAGGCACUCGUAGCUUCGAGGGGCUUUUGCUCCAGUAGCCCACGCGAGACGGACGAGGAGGGUCACACGGCGCCGUGGUGGACGGGGGCGCCGUGGGGGGUGCGGUUGGAAUGCAGCAGGGAACCGGGAGGAGUUCCACCGCAGGGAACCUACCCGAGACUGUGGGCCCUGGCGUUCGGGACAGCGGCGGUGUCAGCAGUGGCGUAGCGGGCGGCACAACACACGAGCCCGUUGAUCGCGGAAAAAAUUAUUCGUUCCGAGAGAGCUGGAGUACUGCAUUCAUGACGAUUCUGGUGAAUGUCAACUUGCCGCAGAGGAGGAAAACCGCGCAACACUAAUGUGCUUUUGAAAGAGGGCUAGAGGGCUAACAAAAGCGCGGCGUUGCCGCGGACACUUCAUUUCUGGUUGAUUCGUGAGUGAUUUCCUGAGUGAUCUUGCCUGUGACGAAUGACACUGACAGAUAAUGAAGGGGAUUCGCAGUUAAGCGUUUCUAUUUCUGAUUUGGUGUACGUAGAGCGUCUGUAGUUUCGCUUACGAUGAUACAGCCAAUGAUGUUUUCGAAAGGGGAUUCGCGGUUCGGGCGUUUCCAUUCUUCAGUUUGAGUGUUUUGAUGAGCAACAACUGUAGUUCGUCUCCCUUCGAUUAUAUCCGAGCGUUUAUGGCGGUCUUAUUCUCAGAGGAUAAGCUAGAUGAGCAUGAGGUCUUGUAAGGUAGGGAACCCACCAUACCCAGCCCCAACACUCCACGCCCCCAGAUGUAGGGGGGGCGACGUGAGUUCUUGAAAUUGUGCUUUCCAAAUGUAGGGGAAGGUACUGACACUGACACGCACCCCCAGUCGAAGGGGG